CAGUCGAGUCAUUUCCAAGAGCACUUUUCUGUUUUAGAUAGUGGAACGUUGAGUGAAGGGAAAAUGCUAGUAAAAACCUCUGUGCUGUUGGUUUUGGUUGUUCUCAUUGGAAUAACUUUGGCGCAAUAUUCUAAACCUUCUGGGAAGUCCCAGUUUGGACAAAGCAAUGGAGAAUCCCAGAAAAACUGCCCUACCAAGGAGGAAGUUAAAUUUUGUCGUGAAGUGGUACAAAAACUCAAGUCAGGCAUCUGCAAACCGCAGAAUGACAACCUUGUGAAAUCAGGAUCGCGCCAACAAUCCUCCUGGUCUUCAUCAUUGGAGAAGUCGGAAGGUAACAAAGCUGGAGGAACUGCUGCGCUGAACAACACUGAGCUUCAGGACGAUCUAAGCUUUGAAUCCAUUGGGGAAGAUGAGGACGAAGAUUCUGUAUUUGACGGCUCUUUGAAUGAUUUGCUGUUUGAUGCUGUGAACGAAGAUGUAAUGAGAGGGGGGCGCUUGAAUUCAACUAUUUCCACGUCAGGCCAUGGUCCCGAGGACCUCGUCCUCGCCAUGUCCGAAUCUAGGCGUUCUUCCCAGCGGAGGCUCUCCGACCUCCCCAUGCUCAAGUCGACAGACGUGGCUGUGAGCGAUGGGAAAAGUCAACCGCAGCCUUAUCGUUUGCAACUUUUCUCGGAUUGUUUGGUGCUUCUUCGUGAGGAAGAAGUAGUUUGGGAAUCUCAAGACGAAAAAGAGAACGUGUGCAGUAAGGAGCUACGGCAACAAGAAUCACUCGAGUAUUUAGAUAUUGACGAAAACGAGCUGUACAUGUUAGAUUCGAAGGAGAGAACUGUUGUAAUAAAACGUCCGAAAAACGGUUACGUUGGCAUCGCAGUGAAGGGUGGUGCUGAACACGAUCUACCGAUUCUCAUUUCGAAAGUGUUCAAAGAUUCGCCUGCUGAUGCGUCUGGUUGUGUUUUUGUUGGUGAUGCUAUUGCUAAGGUCAACCAUAAGUCACUCGUAAGUGUGACGCACGAAGAAGCUUUAGAGAUUCUUCGGCAUUGUGGUGAUCAAGUAGAGCUUCAGCUCAAGCAUUACAAGUCCGCCACUCCAUUCCUGAAAAAGAGCUAUGCUAGAUACCAGAAACAUCUUGCCGAGACCAAAUUUUCGCAGAAUCUGAACUCCGACGAAGGAUGGGAGGAAAUGAAGUCAAAUUUUUUGAGUGUAGAUGGGAAGCGUGAGCUGAACAAAGAUUGGAUACCCGUUUCUAAAGUCCCUCUGCUCAUGUCGUACGUUACGCGGUACAUCUAUGGCACGGAUAAGUUACGGCCUACCGGCUUCGAAGUUCGUGGUCUAGACGGUACUGGAACAGGUGUUGUAGAAUGCUGCGACCUUGCAGAGCUCUCGGAGUGGAUGAAAUGCAUAACUAACAACGUGAUCGGGAUCAACAGCCUUCAGACAAAGGUGUUCAAUAACGCAUUGCCGCCACAUGAUCAGAUAUCUUACAUGGGAUGGGUGUGUGAAGGGUUUGUGACAAACAAUGGACAUCAUUGGCAAAAUUGGCACCCCCGAUUUUUCGCGCUUCGAGGAUCCAAAGUUUACAUUUUUGACUCCCCACCGGUUUCGAAUCGAGACUGGGAUAACGCGACGACGACCUAUCCGAUUUAUCAGACUAUGUUCCGAGCUUUGAAGGAGUCGGAGUAUGUGGACGAGCGACAAAACUGCUUCCUGAUACAAACAGCGCAAGAGGAUGUGAGCAAGGAGCCCCGUGGAUCGCGAAAAAUGACGAAAGAAGCUCUUAUUGCGUCUGAGUCGCAUUACAUGUCUGUUGAGACGCGGAAGGAGUUGAUUCGUAUCGAGACAGCUUGGCAUCAAGCCCUUUACGGGGCCGUCGUUCGUCUCGGGAGAAUUUCCUUCCGUGUGACGUACGAUGGAGAGGAGCUGGAUUUGAGUUUGGAUUGGUCGACUGGCUUCACGCUGCACACCACGAAGCGUCGAGACGAAGACGGUGUUGUCUGGCGCUACAAGUUCUCGCAGCUCAAGGGCAGUUCCGACGACGGUAAAUCAAUCCUGACCCUCGUGUUCCAAACGUCUCGUGGCUCCGUCGAGACCCGGGAAAUGGCGACGGCUGAGUUGCAGAGUUUGUUGUUCACAAUGCACGCAUUCCUCACUGCCAAGGUGGCUUCCGUGGACCCUGCGUUUUUCAAGGACACCACCAGCACCACUGCGUCGCGUGGGCGAUCUCCUAGUGUGCCACGUGGCUCUCCCGCGCCGCCUGUCGCUCCCAAGGUCCCGCAUUUGUGAUAAUUCGUCCGGUGCAGGUUUUUUUUGUUUUGUUCAUUUAACUUGUUCUUGCAUUGCGCUUGAGGUGCUAGCGUCCAGGUUUUUUCUUACUAUCUUAGGGUAUUUACGAAGUUAACACGUCCUCUUGACGUUGUGGUGUAACGUUGGGUUGAUCGAUCGUUACCAUUUGGGGGUAUUCGAGGAGAACAGAAAAUUUUAUUUCAGCAUUGUUUGCUCUGGAUCAUCCUUGCUAUAUGCAGUUAUUUUCUGUUAUACCCCCAUUCCUUCUGUUCCCAUUCUGGGACUUGGAAUCUCAUGGAUGUCGCCUGAAUUUUUAUUUAUAUGUGUUGGGUUAUUGGCUGUGGAACUUCCAUCAUCCAAGCUAAUUUCUGAUGCAUUCUUACAGUUAUUUACAAAUAACGGACCUAUAAAAAUUUUCACAAUUACUAGACAAUUAAUGUAUUGUUAUCAUAACAUGUACACGAUACUAUCAUGGUUAUUUUUGAAGAGUGAUGUAAAUGUAGUCGUUGAACUGUUCAUUGAAUACCCAUCCUGAUUUUCAGUGCUUCUCGAAGUGGGAUUCUCAAUUCCAGUUUCUCCUGAUUUUAAUCAACGUAACGUGAAAUUUAACGAUGUUUUGCCAGCAUCAGGCAUUCCACAAUGUCACAUGUUGUUCAGGGGAAUCGUAAAUUACGUCCGUAUUUACUUGACGUCUGUGUAAUGCAGGUUCGAUUGCUCAGGUUUUAAUUAUGUUCGUUCAGAUUCCGGAAUUAGGCGACACCUGCGUGAAGUUACCGGAACUCUCAAAAGUAACGGACAGGGGGUCUAACAGAAAAUAACAUUUUUUCUUAGCUCCUGAAUUGGAAGAAUUGAAACGCAUAGUGAGGUUAAAGCUUCAUUUUCCCCGAGUUGUAACUUUAACGUGAUAUUCGUUUCCUACUGUCUUUGCUCUGUGACUAGCAUUACCGUUUGGCAAAAAGUUUUGCAGACUUUCCAAUGUAUGCUAAUGUCUGUUGCGAGGAGCUUGUUGCGCCUCGACUUGAGCUUCGUGGUUGAGUGUAAAGAACCAAGAAGCAAUUCUUCCAUUUUCACUUCAAAAAGUUCUUAUUUCUCGACAACUUCCAGUUCGAGGAUUUAUCUUCUUUCGACGGGGAUUUGAUGUAACUUAGGCGGAAUUGUUGCGGAUGUUAUAUCUGGAAGAAGGGAGGAAUUUCUAGUCCGUCAGAAUUUUUUUUUACGUCGUUCACAGUUGCUCUGCUCUUUGUGAUGAAAUACUUGAGCCAGGUUUAAGGAAGUGAUAUUGUUUUAACCCUGACCAAAAACAGGACAUUGUAGUACUUUUUCUCGGUUGUACAAGUAUGAUAGAAAGUUUCAUUCACUCGAUUUUAUUUAUUUCUUUCGUUCUUGCGACGGGGGUUUUUGGAAGAGGAGGGGGUUCUGUCUUCUCAUAUCUUGUCAUACAGACGAAUCAAGCAUGUCGAUCUACGUCAUGGGCCAUUUUCAGCCCGCCUUUUUCUGAGCUUUUUUUUUCUCGAUCGGUGGUCAGAGGUUUACCGUUUUUUUCUUUUUUUGUUUCCUGGAAGGCGGAAAAACUAGUCGUUGGUCUUCGUUCACUUGGAGAGAGAGUUUUUCUCAAUUUUUUACAUGCUGGAGAGUGUGUGGAGAAAAGAAUCGGGAAAGCAAUGUUUUUUCUCGUGGUCAGUUGCAUUCAUGUUGUUCCAAGUAUUGCUUCAUCGAGUGGAGUGAAAUUUCAGUACAGGAGAUUGAAUCAGGCUUUGAUGGUGGUCUCUAUCUUUUUUAAACCUCACCUUCUCCUCGUCAAGUACUUCAUUCGCAAACAUCAGUGAAUACAAAUUUUCGCUAGGAAAUCUUUUUGUUGAACUUCAUGGCUUGUGAAAACGGAACAUUCCAUUCCACCAGCGUUUAUUUUUAUUUAUUUAUUUUUCAAGUAUCGACUUGGAUCUUUCAGUUAUUGUUGGUGAACUGUGAAAAGAGUCAUUCCUGGAAUUUUCUCGUUAACGUUAAAGCUUCACCCAGAAAGUGGUCUUGAAAUAUUGAGAAUUCUGAGACUUCAUUUUUAAUUUCGGGAAUCGCAUUUUAACCCUCGGCCCGGGGAAAACUCGAAACCAAAUUCAGAUUUGUGCAUGUGAUCAUCUUCGACUUGAAUCCAUCUUGAUUGUGAAUUUCACGAAUCCUGGCGAAGAAAAGUACUCGGGACAGAGAUGAAUGCGAGCUGGCCAUGACUAUAUUGAACUCAGCGUUUUAGAAUUCGUUUCAUGUGAGCGCGGGAAGAAGAAAGAAGGCGCGUGGUUUAGGUGAAGAAAAGGAAACAGUGAUGGAUGCAAUCUCGUCUCCCCUCGUCCGCGCCAUUGUUCAUUGUUAGGCCGAGGAUUUUGAGAGCGUGUGGAUUGGAGAAAACGGAGCAUUCCGGGAAGCAGGGACGUUUGUUUCUCGCUUUGAUUUCGUUCGGUUUUAUGCAUCUCGGUGCGGAGAGGGAAGAGUCUUACGAUUACUGGGUAUUAACCGCCAGCCAUAUUCUUAAUCCACUUUUUCUUUUCGAUUGUACCAAGUGCAGAAGGCGUCAUGCGAAAAGUGCAAGAAGGGAAAAAGGAGGAAUAUAGACUGUUGGGACAUUAAUAUGAA